AGAGAUCUCUGCUAAUGUAAUUAAGACCGGACACAUACUGGAAUGUUUCAGUACGCCGUACGCGUGUAAAGAAGCUUGGAUUAUUCCUUCCUUAGACUUUCAAGAUGCCUGCGAUGCUGGACGCCCCUCUGAAACCCUACCAGCACCACCACGCCAGGAGGGUGGAACCACGGCCGAUGGAAUUCGAACAUCAGAAGACGAGGAUGUCCACCAGAUCACAACAGGUUCUUCAGGACCAGAACUUGAUGUUUGAACGGAACAAAUCUAUCUAUUCCAGAAGCCAACACGUCAUUCCCACCGCUAACAGCUUAGCGGAACGGACUAAGACCUACGCGAGGUACCAGAGGGAGAAUCCAGACCAGGACAUGGUGGAACGCGCCAGCCAGGUGUCCUCCGUCUGCUCUGAUAAGGAUUUCUUCCCUUCCAGAAGGAGCAGUGCGGUCAGCUCGAGGAGGUCCUCAGUGUCAGAGGAAUAUUGUGGACAGGCUGAAGAAGAGAGGGAACCGACUCCAAAUCAAAACAUCAUCCCAGAUGGCACGAUGUUUACGGAGGAGGACGGUACAAGUGGUGCUGACAGCCCGUCAGAUGACAAGUGGAUGUUGCUGCGCAUGUUCGGAGUCCUGUACGGUGUGUUGAUGUUUGCCGUGGGCGCCAUGUUGCCAGCGGCCCAGCUGUUCUCGUCUGACGUCUCCCAGGCGACCGUGGAGGCGUUCUACCUGUACCUGUUCCUGACGGGCGCGCUGUGGAUGGGCGCGGUGCAUGGCGGUAGCAUCAUGGCGGCUAGGGGCGGCAGAACUGAUGACAAGUCGAACUCAACCGUCAACACUUAUCUAACAGGAGCAGCGUCGUUUUUCGGUUUCUGUACUAUUCUGAUUUCGGCGUUCAAGUUCGGUACGUAUGUCUACUCCGACGCCAGCGUCGACGACUCCGGCGGGGCAUGCGAAAACCUCAUCCUGGCCGUGACGCCCGUGUCGGAGGCAGUUUUCACCCUGUUCCUGGUGCACCACCUCUGGCACCACGCCGGGAACAACCGGACACGCCGGGGGAGGUUCCAUAUGGUUACCAGUUUUGGAGUCAUGCACACCGCUGCCACGUGCGGCUGUGCCUGGAUCCGCACCGUCAUCGUCGAAGCCUGGAUAGACGUGAAACGUCUGACCCCCGCCGACACGCUCGGACAACCAGUACCCACAGAAGUGCCCGCGGCUUUCGCAGUCUCCAACUGCUCGGUCAACGGGUCCGGACUGCCGGCUGAAUCCGCCACGACAUUUGCCAUGAACACCAGCACCGCCACCCCGGCAGCAGUGGUGCGACGGUCUGUUGAGGACGAAGUCGAAGUCUUCAAUAUCACCGAAACAGCAAAUACGACCAACGUGACAGGGGCGUCCAUGGACUGUCUGAGAGAAAGGGCCUUCUUGACUUCGCUUGACCCAGUUUUGUAUCCCAGUAACGUGGAGUUCUACAUCCUCAGUGUCGGCCUCAUCCUGAUUCUUUGGACCAAGAUGGCGGAUGCAAACGAGGCAUCCCAGAACCCCCCUCGGCGAUGGUCCAUGGAGAAGUCUAACGGAGGAACUGUUCUGAGCUUCUUGUUGUUUGUCGUCACCAUCUGUGUGAUUGUCUUGUACCAUAACGACCCGAAUCCAGGCAGCGCAGCCUUCGUCGUCUACUACGCCCACAGAAUCGUUCUGCUGCUGACGAUGACGUUAGCCUGUGUGUUCACCUGCGUUCGGCGACGGCGUACCGUGGCGAAAGGUGGGUGGACACUUGACCCCGAGCGGGACAAUCGCCUGGGCAUGAUCAUCAUCCUACUUUGCGUGACGACGAUCUACUUCAGGGACUUAUUAACCAUUGUGGCCGCCAUCUUCCUGACCCAGCCCGAACUGAUACCAGGGAUAGUCCUGGUGGAGGCACUUCUGGACGUCGUGUUGGUGACGACGCAGUCAGCUGUCGUUCUGGACACGUUGGGUAGGAUCCCUCCCUCCGCUGACUUCUGCCCGGACCUGAGCCGACAAGCCGUCGUCUUCCUGGUUCUCUGUAACGCCAGUCUGUUUGCCGUCUGCACCAACGACGCAAAGGAUGACGGAACGGACCUGGUUCAAGUCGAGUACUUCGGUGCGAUCACGUGGUCCGUCCUACGCAACAUCGUGCAGCCCUUUGUCAUCUUUUACAGAUUCUAUUGUUCCGUGUCCUUCAUCGAAGUCUGGUUACGAGGCUAAUUAUUAUAACAACACACAACCUGUAUAACGGCUACGAUGUUUUGAUGAACAGUCUAUUGUUUUGUAUCCACUUCUUGCACGGGAGUUUCCUUUAACUUCAAGGCCGAACUGUACUGUUGCGGGCCUAACAUUUCUACAUCACAUUAACCAAAUUUCCUGCAAUGUACCUAAAGGGUUGACGUCUGUCAUUUGUGAAGGCUUGAGCCUCUCUAUUUUAUAUUGACAUCUUUGUUGUUAAUUCUUGUACAUUUUGUAUCUGUGAAUGUUUUGAAAGUCAUCUGAAAGUUUUGUGUGCGAAACAUCUAGAUGUACAUGUAGAUCUAUAGUAAAUUUUCAAUAGAUGAAUAAUGAAUAAAUAAAUAGAUGAUAUUCUUUCAGAGAAGCUAAUUUCACAAUAAAG